UGUCACUGCCAUGGCAGCUAAGCUAUUAAAGGGAAAAGAGAGACAAAUGCUGACACACCCUCUAUAUAUUCCUCUGCUAACAGAGUCACAACUUCAAACGGUGUUGCGCACUUCCAAAAAACGUUUCACCAUUUUCCGCUUUCUAGGAUACUCUGGAUAGUUUUCAACUGGACAGCAUGUCAACAUAUCUGAGCCUAUGGAUGCACGUCGGCUGCCUGUCUCUGGUGCUGGUUGCCGUGGGGACAAUGGAAUGUACAGAGCGAGAGUCUCUUAUUCGACAGAUCUCCAUCGUGGAGACCACUCAGUGCCUGAUGGACUGCACUGUUCUGACCUUUGCCAAGAUCAUGGAACUGGGAGAUAAUAGGAGCAUACGGAUGAAAGACUCUUCGCAGGAAGAACAGAGAAACCACACGGAUUACUGCUGGCCGCUGGAUUUAAAGUGCACGGCGGGGGAGCACCUGCAGCAAGCGUUUGUGAUCAUGCCCGUGGAUCAAUACGUGGUCACGCACGUGGACCUGACGGUGAAUGGGAUUGGGCCUGUCGAGGGGACGCUGAACGCACACGAGGGUCCGACCAUGCUCCCCGACGACUGCGGCCUCCGCUAUGACGUCACGUCGGUCUACCAAUCUACGCCCAGGGAGUCCCAGGGAGUGGGGUCGGAUUUCUGUGUCCAGGUGUUCCCCCGGAAACCCCUCUCUAGGGAGGGGAUGUUGAAGUGCUUCCCUUUCCUGGUGACCGUCUGGCAGAAGGGCGAUCUGGCAGAUCAGUCCAAGCUGGAAGGAGGGGGCUAGAGGGUAGCCCAUUACUACCCCCCUAACCCUUAUUACAAUUCAAUAUUUUCAAUUCACUUCUUUUAUAAGACGGUUACUAAAACUGUACCUUUAUUCUACCUAGUUCGAUUUCACAAAAUAGUCACAGAGCAAUACAAAAUGUUAUAAUUUAUUGAAAACUUCUUCUUCCGCCAAGUUAUGUAGUUCCUCAAUUGAUAUGAGGUACCGGAACUGUCCGUUUUAUAAUUCGCUAUGAUGACCAGUUAACAGUGUGAACUAUUCCAUACAUAUAAUAAGUAUGGAAUAAACAACAGUUACGGCGUUAUGGGUGGACCUAGGACCACCCACUGUUCAACAGGCCCACCCAAAAGUUUUGUUCUUCAAAAAAAAAAAGUUUAAUAUAUUUAAAUUUUUGGCAAGAAUUAUUAAAAAUCGGCAAACAAUCUCAUAAUUUGUGAUUAAAUAGCCUAAAUAUUCAUUUUUUAAUUGAAAAAAAAAAUACUGUUUUUGUCUUUGUUGAUGUUUCUGCAAAAGUUCAGCAGACAGUGCCAGACAAGCUCUGAUAACACUGCCAAUGACAUCCUGUACAGUUGAACACAUCUUUUCCCAGUAUCAACCGCAUUAAAACACCGAAUAGGAGGGUAACCCAAACCAUAACUGGAAUCCUGGCGCCGUGCCUGCUUAUUACUGAAUUAACUAUUGUCAAUUAAAGCUUAAUUAAUAUACCCUUAUUGUAAAGUAUUACCAUGUAAUUUCCCCCCUGCUGUACUUUACAAAUAAAUAGUUAGCUAAUACUUACAGGGCUUUAAGUAGGCUACCAACAUUAACAUUGACCUAAAUAAGUAGGUGUGCGUUUCCAUUCCGUUUUCAGAGUAAUCUGAAAUUUGAGGCGCAGGUUUAAACAGUCAAUAAUAUGACUUUAUUUUGGGGCCUGGCUCAGAAGCCAGUGCACCAGGGGCCUGCCCCAUGGUUUGAGAAACCCUGCACUAGAACGAGGAUGUCGUGGCAUCGUUUACUAUGUCUCUCGCUGCAGAUCAGUCACACCACUACCAGGAUAUUGAAAAUGUUGAUUCUUUUUAAGCUCCUUCUCAAGUUCAGUCUUUAAAUAAUCGUGUUGUUUGGGGCUCCUCAAGUCCAUACAACAAUGUCCCCGUACUGCCUCCUAUACUGUUCGCAACCGAAACUUCCAGAAACUAUAUAUUUAAACUGUCCGCUUUAUUUAUGUAGCAAAUUUCAAACAUAAGAAUGUAGCUCAAGGUACUUUUCAAUAUAGAGGAAAGACAGAGAAAGAACAGUCUAACCGUAACAAAAAAGAAGAGAACAUAAUGCGGUUGGACCUAAUUGUGGUAGGCCUAGGCCUAAUAAUCUUAUAUGGCAAUUAUAUUCUGGCAGAAAAUGUUGUGUCCGUUUUGUGUACACUUUCACUAGGACUGAAAAUAGAUAGGCCUACAUAAUAAUUAUGUUUCGGUGAUUGGAAACCGACCAGACCAUACCUGUUGGUGCCCUUUUUGGUGCCACAGACAAGUAUAUGGUUGAGUUAGGAAAAAUAGAGAGAGAAAGAUCGAUAGAGAGAAAGCAUGCUUGUGUGUAGAAUUGUAUCUGUGAACAUAGCAGAGAAGUAGCAUAGAGAAAAUCUUUGAAAACGAAUGUGUUAAUGUGCUGAGUUGUUGUUUGGUAGAGUUGUACCAGACUACUAUUAAGUAGUUGACGCUCAUUAAAACUUAUUUUUUUGUAAAAAUAAUAAUAAAACAUAUAUCAAGCCAAUGGGGUCGGAAUGGAUUCUUUGGACUUUA